AUGAAAUUGAUUAACAAAGCAUGUCGCCUCUCAUCCCCAUUUCCGAACUCCAAGGCGAUUCUAAGAGCAGGAGUGUUAUUCGGUUCUUCAAUGGCAGACCAGUACCAGCAUCCGACAAUUGUCCAGAAAGUAGCUAAUCAGUUGCAUCUGAGCUCCAGCCUCUCAAACAGGGUCCAGCCUAGUUAUGGUGGCUUCCAACAGCCGUCUGUGUACCAGAGGCGGUUUGCGUAUGGAAACUAUAUGAAUGCUGCCUUGCAACAGCCCAUGUCUUGCUCGGCCACUCAGGACCUAUCAUUGAUCUGUGCGAAUGCCUCCCCGGUUUUUGUGCAGGCACCCCAAGAGAAAGGGUUUGCCAGCUUUGCCAUUGACUUCCUCAUGGGGGGAGUCUCAGCUGCCGUUUCGAAAACAGCAGCUGCCCCUAUCGAGCGUGUGAAGCUUUUGAUCCAGAACCAGGAUGAGAUGAUCAAGGCUGGCAGGCUUUCUGAACCAUACAAGGGGAUUGGUGAUUGUUUCAAGAGAACGAUUCAGGAAGAAGGAUUUGGAUCAUUGUGGAGAGGCAACACUGCUAAUGUCAUCCGUUAUUUCCCCACUCAGGCUCUGAACUUUGCAUUCAAGGAUUACUUUAAGAGGCUCUUCAACUUCAAGAAAGAUCGCGACGGCUACUGGAAAUGGUUCGCCGGAAACCUCGCGUCUGGUGGUGCUGCUGGUGCCUCGUCACUGCUCUUCGUCUACUCGUUGGAUUAUGCCCGUACUCGUCUCGCCAAUGAUGCCAAGGCUGCCAAGAAGGGAGGUGAGAGGCAGUUCAAUGGUCUGAUUGAUGUCUACAGAAAGACCCUAAAAUCUGAUGGUAUUGCUGGUCUGUACCGUGGGUUCAACAUCUCGUGUGUCGGUAUCAUUGUCUAUCGAGGCUUGUACUUUGGAAUGUACGACUCCUUGAAGCCAGUACUCUUGACUGGAUCGUUGCAGGAUAGUUUCUUCGCCAGCUUUGCCCUCGGGUGGCUCAUCACCAAUGGGGCCGGGCUCGCCUCGUACCCGAUUGACACUGUCCGUAGAAGGAUGAUGAUGACAUCUGGUGAGGCCGUCAAGUACAAGAGCUCCUUGGAUGCUUUUGCCCAGAUUCUAAAGAACGAGGGUGCCAAGUCUCUUUUCAAGGGCGCGGGUGCAAACAUCCUUCGUGCCGUUGCUGGUGCUGGUGUGCUGGCAGGCUACGAUAAGCUCCAGGUCAUUGUUUUCGGCAAGAAGUAUGGCUCUGGUGGGGCUUAA